AUGGAGGAAAUAGGCAAUGAAUAUUUUGAUAUUCUACUGCAAAGCUCCUUAUUUCAAGAUGCUUCAAUGAGUGACAGUGGCAUUGUUAGCAAAUGCAAGAUGCACGAUCUUGUGCACAACCUUGCAGAACUUGUAUCCAAAUCAGAAAGCUUGACGGGAGACUUCUGUGGCAUAUAUAAUACAAAUGAGAUUCGACAUGUUGCUCGGGUUGCUACUUCUAUGCUGGAUAAAAUUCCAGAAACAAGUGCUAAGAAAUUGCGGUCAGUGUUUUUCGACGAUGGUGAAGUUCCUAGUAACAUUUUUCCACGAUUCAAUGCUUUACGUGUCUUAAAUUUGUGUAAUGCUAAUAUUGAAAAAUUUCCAAUUUCAGCUGGAAGGCUGAAACACUUGAGCCUUCAAACAUUACCUUACUUUUCAGUGGGUAAUGAGACUGGUAGUCGAAUUGAAGAGUUGGCUGGCUUGAAACAAUUGAAAGGUGAAUUAAUUCUUUGUAAUAUGGAACACGUAAAGAAUGGAGAAGAAGCAAAGAAAGCUGAGUUAGAGGAUAAGAGGCAAGUAUGCCAUUUAAGCUUCAAAUGGACGGAAGAUAGGUCAACAACUCACAGCAAUGAGGAGGAAAAUGUCCUAGAAGGCCUCCGACCGCAUCCUGAGUUGGAGAGCUUAAGUAUUAAAAACUUCAUGGUCGAUAAAUUUCCAUCGUGGAUGAUGGGCAAGUCAUUAUUGCUCAACAACUUGAAGAAGAUUCAGUUACUUGGAUGCGACAAAUGUGAAGGAGUUCCACUGCUCGGCCAUCUACCGAAUCUUACAGAGCUUAAGAUUAGCGGAAUGGCUAACUUUAAAUGUAUUGGAGUUGAGUUCUAUGGCUAUGAUCUUGUCAACAAUGUAGCCACAACAAGUAAGGAGAUAAUUACCUUAUUUCCUACACUAAAAAUAUUAUAUAUUUUGAAGUGUAACAAUUUAAUUGAAUGGAUGAAAGCACCAAUGAUGUCAACUAAAAAAGUAGUAGUAUUUUAUUGCCUCGAGAUGUUGACCAUCAAUAGUUGUUCCAAAUUGAGAAAUGCCCCUGAUGUAUUUGGAUCUUGUGGUUCACUUCAAAGAUUGGUUAUUCGUAGUUGUGAAAAGCUGAGGCAUUUGCCGAAUGGGCUAGACACACUCCCUCUCCUUGAGGAACUGAAUAUAUUAGGAUGUCCUAGUCUAGAUUGUGAACGAUUGUCAAGCCUACCGAGUGGGUUAGAGUAUUGCAUCUCUCUCCAAAAAUUGAGGAUACGCAAGUACUAUGGUGUAGCAUCGUCUCCAGUUCACACCCCUGCAUCUCUUCGCCAGUUGGAUUUUUCAAAUUGUGAUGGAUUAUCUGGGCCAUUGGGUGUAUGGGCCUCUCUCGUGGAAUUGAAUAUAUUCAAUUGCAAUGUGACAUCAUUUGAAAUUGAAGGUGGUGUCUCCCUUGCCUCUCUUAAGAAAUUGACAAUCGAUGGUUGUGAUGAAUCGUCAAGCGUACCUGCUCUUCCACAACAAUGUCCCUUUCUUCAUGAAUUGUAUAUAUGGAAUUGCCCAAAGCUAGCAUCUUUAUAA